GGGCGCAGCCUGCGCGGGCUGGGGGCGGGGUGACUCUGCCACGGCGCCGGCGCUGGAAGCGGAGCCUGGCUGGGAAGGCGGCGGGAGAGUUUUUUUGUAGAGACUUUGGAGUGGUUCUUCUGUUCCUGAUAAUUGAAAUGUACUAUGGAACAUGUUCAAGAACAUGAAGAGUGCCUUGUGCAAACCCAGAUGUACCGGGUGGAGAGACCGGUAUAUAACGAAGAGUUCUUACAAGGACAGCUGCACAAGAAGGAAAAGACGCCUCAGCCUCUUAGCCAGAAGAUAGCACAUUCCUGUCGUUGUUCUUCCAAGAAAGCCAAGUCUCAUCUCUACAGUUUUUUACCAAUUUUAAAAUGGCUGCCCCGUUAUCCAGUGAGGGCAUAUUUGUUAGGAGACAUAGUCUCAGGUAUAAGCACUGGGGUUAUGCAGCUUCCUCAAGGGUUAGCCUACGCUUUGCUGGCAGCUGUUCCCCCGGUAUUUGGCCUAUAUUCUUCAUUUUAUCCUGUUUUUCUAUAUACUUUUUUUGGGACCUCCAGACACAUAUCAAUAGGGACGUUUGCAGUGAUUAGUCUGAUGAUUGGUGGAGUUGCUGUCAGAGAAGCUCCUGAUGAAAUGUUUAAUAUUGUGGAAUCUAAUUCCACCAAUAGCACUGAUCUUCUUGAAAACUAUAAAGCCAGAGAUGCCAUGAGGGUAAAGGUAGCUGUGGCCGUCACCUUGCUUUCAGGGAUCAUACAGUUGUCUUUAGGUCUCCUUCGGUUUGGUUUUGUAGCCAUCUAUCUAACAGAGCCACUGGUACGAGGGUUUACUACUGCCGCGGCAGUUCAUGUCUUCACCUCCCAGUUAAAGUAUCUGCUUGGAAUCAAGACAAAACGCUACAGUGGAGCCCUUUCAGUUCUAUAUAGUUUAAUUGCUGUACUUUCAAAUAUCACAAAAACCAACAUUGCAACCUUAGUUGUUGGAUUAACAUGCAUUGUUUUGCUGCUGAGUGGCAAAGAAAUUAAUGACCGGUUUAAGAAGAAACUACCAGUUCCUAUUCCUAUGGAGAUCAUUGUGGUAAUAAUAGCUACUGGAGUUUCAGCUGGAAUGAAUCUAUCCAAGACAUAUGAAGUGGAUAUUGUUGGGGAUAUCCCUAAAGGAUUACUUGCUCCAAAAGUACCUGAUAUAAAUCUCAUCCCAGCAGUGUUUGUAGACGCAUUAGCAAUAGCAAUUGUUGGUUUUUCCAUGGCUGUAUCAAUGGCCAAAAUCUUUGCACUUAAACAUGGCUACACUAUUGAUGGAAAUCAGGAACUUAUUGCCUUGGGAAUAUGUAAUUCUGCAGGAUCUUUCUUCCAAACCUUCUCGAUCACUUGCUCAAUGUCUCGGAGUCUUGUUCAGGAGAGCACUGGAGGGAAAACUCAGAUUGCAGGUACGCUGUCCUCAAUCAUGGUUCUGUUAGUCAUUGUGGCUAUUGGUUACCUCUUUGAACCACUGCCACAGACUGUGCUAGCUGCAAUCGUGAUGGUGAAUCUGAAAGGAAUGUUUAAACAGUUUGGAGAUAUAGCACAUUUCUGGAGAACCAGUAAGAUCGAACUGGCCAUCUGGAUUGUUGCUUUUGUGGCCUCUGUUUUCCUGGGACUUGACUAUGGCUUGCUUACUGCUGUGGCGUUUGCAAUGAUAACCGUUAUUUACAGAACACAAAGUCCACAGUACAGAAUCUUGGGUCAGAUUCCUAACACAGACAUUUACAGUGACGUGGAACAGUAUGAAGAGGUGAAAGAAUAUCCUGGAAUAAAAAUAUUCCAGGCCAAUGCAUCCCUCUAUUUUGCCAAUAGUGAAUUGUAUGCAAGUGCGCUGAAGAAAAAGACUGGAGUUGAUCCAUGUGCUGUAUUGGCAGCAAAGAAAAAAGCCCAGAAAAGGCAUGCCAAGGAACUAAAGCAGACAAAUGAACAGAGGAAGAAAGCAGUCUUGAAGCUUACUAAUGACCUGGAAACAAGCGUAAAACACGAGGUAAUUAAUGAUGAGCUACCUCUAAAUGGAAAAUCUGCAGAUGCUAAUGCACAAGGCACAUCUCCUGAUGAACUUGAACACUUUAUGGAGCCAAUGACAAAUGUUCACUGUAUAAUUUUGGACUUGACACCAGUGAACUUUGUGGAUUCAGUUGGAGCAAAAAUGUUAAAAUCAGUUAUAAAAGAAUAUGAAGAAGUUGGCGUUUUUGUGUGUAUAGCUGGCUGCAGUGGCCCUGUUAUGGAUGAUCUGACUCGACUUAAUUUUUUUGAAAAAUCCACCACCAGAGAUUUGCUGUUUCACAGUGUUCACGAUGCUGUUCUCUCCUGCCAGCUGAAGCACUGCGUUCAGAGACAAAGAUUCUUUGUGUAUCAGCUACUGGCCAUGGUUUUCAAAAGUGACUACUGGCUUUUUCUAACGGGUCCAGCUCUCAAUGGGCAGGAGCCCAAGCACUUUCUGACGGUCAGUUGCCUUUAACAGGUGUCAGGUUGGGUGUUCAAAUCUCUAAUCAUGUUGGAAAAUCUGAACCAGAAAUUUAAGCUAUAAAGCUUUUUUGAAAGGAUGAGAGAUUGCAAUAGGAACAUAACCUAAGCUCUUCUAAAACAUCUGUCCCAAAUAAUGGACUGAGAGAGUCAUCUUUUUAAGUGAGUGGUUACUGCAGUGCUGAUGUGCAAUUGGGAAGAAGUGCCAGAGGGGUGGGGUGCCCUUCAGAGUCCUUGUGAAAGGGUAGGAGUCUCCUUGCUGACUCUAUUAGCAAACCAAGAAUGUUUUUAAAGAAAACCCCUCCAAGGGCCUGAGCAAUUCAUUUACAUCCUCCUUAAGUAACACUUACUUGAAAUAGGCUUUGACAGUAGGGAAAGAAAAUUAUAGCUUUUCCCUGCAUGUCACUAUUUAAGCAAAGCCUGUAGUUUUCCUGAGGAGGGAAACAUCCUGUGUGGAAUAGUAUUUGCUAGCGGAGAGCAGCUGUGUGAAGAUAUGCCCUCCCUCACAGGAGCCCUGACUCCUUCCUGCUCCAUAUUCAACUUGCCUUUUGAGUGCUGGUUCAAGCAAGAAGGGACAAGAUAGGUGCAGGCCACAGCUUCACUUUUCUUCUAGUGCCAGAAAGUUCCCGAGCAGCCCUGUUUAAGUCUCCAUUUAGCCAUACACCUGCCAGAGCCCAGCUCUGAGGCAGUGUCCUGACACACCUAUGGGUAGGAGCUAGGGAUAAUGAUGGCUUUAGUUUCCCUAAGCCAUGCAUUCCUUAGAGUGAAGCUGUCUCUGCUAACACAGCAAGACCACAUGGAUUCCUUGUUAAGGCUGUAGGUGAGUCCACUAUCCAGUACUGGAGCCAGUUUUGUACUUUUAAGUGAUGUACUAGCCAUGAUUUUUAUUCUUAGGCAUAUGCCUCCUGCUGCCACUGAGAUUAAAUUGAUAAACUAUGACAGACUUUAGCUUAAAGCUGGAACUGAUGGUGAUGAUAAUCAAAGUGGACCAUCGGCUUUAGAGUUUUUGCUACUUUGCUCUUAUGCUUCUGUAGUGGGCUAGCAGUGGUCAUUGGUUCUCAGGCAGCAUCAGAUUGUAUUCCCUGCCACCCCCUUCAAAGCAUAAAUCAAGCAAUUGCUGUUUGAUGCUGUACUUGGCUUGGCAGGAGACCAUUGUUCCCUUCCACCAGCUUUUACACAGCAAGAGGGGAGAGAUUUACAACAGAAAGUCUAGAGGAAGAGGGUUACUUAGAAAAACAAACCAACCCUGCAUUUUCUUUUACCACAUUUGCUCCUGCUUCCUGGUGGGGGCAGCUGCAGGGAGGAGGCAAGAGGCAUUGUUAUUGAAACCAGCCCCAUGUGAAAGCAUCAAUAUGCCACUGCUUCUGCUCUACAGCAAGAAUAGUGAGGGAGGACUACAGUGUAGUGGGCAAGACUACUACUGGAGAGCAAGGAAGAGGCUGUGCUUUUUUUUGAAACCAGCCUUUAGUCUAAAACUGGCAGGAACUAACUUCCCAGAACCAGAGUCUAUGUUGGGUUAGUUUCAUGGGAAAGAAUGGGCCCAGAAGACAAGGUUAUCUCCAAUUAUUAAAACUAAAUACCUUAUCUCCUAGAACUGGAAGGGACCUUGAAAGGUCAUUGA